AUGGCGGCAGCAGCGAAGUCGUCGUAUUUGCUGGACGUGAAGCCAUGGGGCGACGAAACCGACAUGGGCAAGCUGGAGGAAGCCGUACGAAACGUCAACAUGGAAGGCUUGACCUGGGGUGCCUCGAGGCUGGCCCCGGUCGAAUACGGGGUGAAGAAGCUGCAGAUAAUGGUGACCCCCGUCGACGACCUCGUCUGCGUCCACGGCCUCAUCGAAGACCACCUCUGUGCUUCGCCGAUAGACGAGUACGUCCAGAGCUGCGACGUGAGCUUCGACCCAAUCUACGUUGCAGGAAAUUUCUCGUCACGUGCUGCUGGCGAUGGCGGAGAAGAUUAG